UUGCAAAGUCGUAUAAAAAGGACCCCCAAAACUAUUCAGGGCAUCACUCACUCUCAUCUCAUCUUCCAAUCCAAUCCAGCUAAUCUCAUCCAGCCAACCCCCUCCGAAAAUCAUCAUGAAACAAUUCGUCGUUCUCUGUGUCCUCGUCGCCAGCGCGAUGGCGGUCCCCUCCAGCUACGGUGGUGGUUCUUCUUACGGAGGGUCCUCCUACUCUCAGGGGUCACCAGCCCAGGCCCAAACUUACAGCGGCCCCAACACCAACUACAACAGCCAACCGGUCUCCUACGUCACCCCCCAGGUUGCUUUCGUGCCCCCACAAAUCACGUACACCCAGCCGGCCGUGACCUACUCCCAGCCCCAGACCAUCUCCGUCCCACAGCCCAACUACCCAGCCGUCCAACAGACCUACAGCUCCAGCUCGUACGGAACUCCAGUCCAGAUGGGUUACCAAUCAUCGGGUGGUUAUGGAGGUUCCAGCUAUGGUGGGUCCAGCUAUGGUGGUUCCAGCUCAAGCUAUUAAGCUGUGAUAAGAUAACGACAUAACGACUCCAUUUUUCUCAUAUUUCAAAAAAUUCGAUAAAGAUGUGACGAUACUUUGUAAUUAGAACG